UUGUCUAUCAGUUGCUUUCUGAUACUCGACUGGGACGUUUAUUCUGUUAGUGAUGAAGUGUCUUCUUCUAUUUUUCGCGUUGUUCGUGUACGAAGUUUUUAGCGAAAAUGUAACGGAUAUGGUUUUCAAGGACGAUCUCUGUCUUCGUGGUUCACGUGAUCAGAAUGGACAAUGUGUUUGCACUGCUGGUUUCGUGAAAUAUCGUGGAAGUUGUUUUUUAAUUGCUUCCCCAGCAUCAUCAUCGGUAAACUUACGAAAAAGCAGGACUUGUCCGGCGGGAUACAAUGACCAUCAAGGAAUCUGUGUACCCAAAACAUGCUCAGGAACUCUUUGUGAAAGUUCAUGUUCUCCGGGAUACGUAUUAAAUGCUGGUUUCUGCGAGCCACAGAAUCCCAAAUGUCCUCCGGGGACAUACUACAGAAAUGGAUUUUGCUACUACCAGGCCUUACCUCCGAUAACUCAAACAGCUAAACCUAUUGAAAAAAUGGAAAUAGUACCACCGUUGAAUAUUGGCAUUCCUGCUCCAGAGUUCGUUGAUCCACUAGAUCCAAUCGAAGAUGAAGACGUAACUGAGCCAACAUUCGAAGAUGAUGACGAUGAUAUCGAGUUCGUACCUGAUCGAAGACCAAACCCCGGAAACAACGUGGUUCAUAACUUGAACAACGUAGUUUCGCCAGUCAACGUAACGUCGCAUAGUAUCAACAAUGUCUUCAUUCACAUCACACGACACAAAACCGAUGGAUCUAUCAAAACCGUCGUGAUAAGAAAUAACGAAACAACGGUAUAUGAAGAGAAACCACCACAAGAAAAAUGCGAUGAUAAUCCUGAGGAGUCUACCAACACAGAAGAACCACAGUCCGACAGAUGCUGUAUCAUCGUAUCGCCAAGGAUCUGUCGAAAGCAACAGGAUGAAUGGGUUUGCUUUCACCGAAAGCAUUACCGUUGUGGAGCUUUUUGCACGUCGAACGUAAUGUACUUGAAGCCACGCCAGCCGUUCUACCACGGUUCAUCGCUUAUCAUGCCCCCAACGAUGAACUACUCUUCGCGCAUGCGGUUCGGACUAUGUCGGUGGGGAGUUUGUCCAUCCAUUGACUGUUCCGGAUGCCUCCAGGGGAGCUAUCGCUGUCACAUACAAUGCUACACAUAUGACUGCGCUGAGCAAGGCAAUUGUAACUUUGUCAACCAGGAUGAGUACUGCGAUGAUAAUGACGAUGUACUUUGUACGCCCGUAGAAGAAUAAAUUGAAAGUAUUGUAGGUAA